AUGGCUGCCGCCAUGAUCAACAACGUCUUGGAGAAGCUCCAUCUGACCGGCAACACUCCUGCUCCUGAGGAGCCCAGCCAGGAAGACUACCAGAAGCUCUUGGACAAGUACACCAAGGCCGGCCAGGAGCAGGUCUUUGCUUUCUGGACCGACAUCAAUGCCGCCGAAAAGGGCAUGCUCUACGAACAGCUCGUCAACAUCGACCCUGAUCAUGUCAACGAAAUCACCAACCGCGCCUUGAACCCUCCCAAGUCCGAAUCCGAAGACGCUGCACCCAAACUCGAGCAGCUUCCUGAAUCCGCCACUUCCUCCAUCUACGACUCCAAGCCCGACGACCUGAACAGAUGGUACACACAGGGUCUGCAGUUCAUUGCACAAAACCAGGUUGCCGUAGUCCUCAUGGCCGGUGGUCAGGGUACUCGUCUUGGUAGCUCUGCUCCCAAGGGAUGCUACGACAUUGGUCUUCCUAGCCAAAAGUCACUUUUCCAGCUUCAAGCAGAGAGAAUCUGGAAGAUCCAACACCUGGCUCAGCACGAACACAGCAAGGAAGAGGUUGUCGUGCCAUGGUACAUCAUGACCAGCGGUCCUACACGCAAGCCUACCGAAGAGUUCUUCGAAAAGCACGCAUACUUUGGUCUCAACAGAAACAAUGUCAUCUUCUUCGAGCAGGGCACUCUUCCUUGCAUUUCCAAUGACGGCAAGAUUUUGUUGGAGUCAAAGUCAAAGGUCGCUGUUGCACCUGAUGGUAAUGGUGGUCUCUACAAUGCCCUGUUCAAGUCAGGCGUCGUUCAAGACAUGUCCAAGAGAGGCAUCAAGCACAUUCACGCAUACUGUGUCGACAACUGCCUCGUCAGAGUUGCUGACCCCACCUUCAUUGGCUUCUCGGCUUCGAAGAACGUGGACAUUGCCACCAAGGUCGUCCGCAAGCGCGACGCUAAGGAGUCUGUCGGACUUAUCUUGUCAAAGAAUGGCAAGCCCGACGUCGUUGAGUACUCUGAGAUUGACAAAGAGACUUCCGAGGCAAAGGACUCCAAAGACUCAAGCCUGCUCAAGUUCCGCGCUGCCAACAUUGUCAACCACUACUACUCGUUCGACUUCUUGGAGAGCAUUCCCCAGUGGUCAGACAAGCUCCCUCACCAUAUUGCUAGAAAGAAGAUCCCCUACGUCGACACUGAGAAGGGCGAGACGAUCAAGCCUGAGAAGCCAAACGGAAUCAAGCUCGAGCAAUUCGUCUUUGACUGCUUCCCCUUCCUUUCUAUGGACAAGUUCGCUUGUCAGGAGGUCAAGAGAGAGGACGAGUUCUCGCCUCUCAAGAAUGCUAGAGGCACUGGUGAGGAUGAUCCUGAUACCAGUAAGCGUGACAUCUUCCGUCAAGGCACUAGAUGGCUUGAGGCUGUCGGUGCUACUGUGACAAGCGAGGACGACAAUGCUGGCGUCGAGAUUUCACCCAAGAUCAGCUACGGUGGUGAAGGUCUCGAAUUCUUGAGCGAGCGCACAAUCAAGGCACCUGCAGUGAUUGAGCAGGAGAAGCAGUAG